GCCGGCGGGACCGCGAGCCUCGAGGCUCGAGCUGCGCGGCUAGUAGUAGUAGUAGCGCGAGCUCAGCUAGCAAAGGCGGCAAACACGCACUGAUAUACGCAAAGAAAGAGCGUGACAGACAGACAGACAGACAGACACACACACACACACACACACUGAAUGAUACACUAGUACUAGUGUGUGGGACUCAGGGUUUUAUCAUGGCGUGUCGUUCAAAAUGCGCGACGAAGCGAAGGGAAUAUCAUGAAGCGGCGACGGUGGACCCUUUGCUCGCCGAAAUGGGCAAGAACCUCAACGAAGCCAUCAAGAUUCUGGAGGACGGGCAGAGGGAGCCAGAGGAGGACAAAGAGAAGAGACGGUACAGCCGGAAGGAUAUUCCAGGGCCUCUUCAGGGCAGUGGCCAGGAUGUGACCAGUAUCCUGCAGCUGGUCCAGAACCUCAUGCACGGCGAUGAGGAAGAAGACAAACGUGAUCAUCGCAGGAUGCAAAACGUCGGGGAGCAGGGUCACAUGUCCCUGCUGGGCCAUAGCCUGGCGGCUUACAUCUCCGUGCUGGAGCGUGAACGCCUGCGCAAGCUGACCACACGCAUCCUAUCGGACACCACUCUGUGGCUGUGCCGCCUCUUCCGCUUCGAGAACGGCUCAGCGUAUUACCAUGAGGACGACCGCGACGGACUGCUCAAGGUGUGCCGCCUCGUCAUCCACACGCGCUACGAUGACUACACCACAGAUGGCUUCGUGGCCCUCAGCUCCCGGCAGCCUGUCAUCUACCAGAGUGCCGCCUGCAGGCCAGGCUUGGGACAGCACCUCUGCAGCCAGCUGGGUUUGCCCCUCUCCUGCCUUUGCUCCGUUCCCUGUAACACCAUGUUUGGAUCUCAGCACCAGAUGGAUGUCGCCUUGCUCGACAGACUCAUCAAAGACGACGUGGAUUCCGGGAAGCUCCCACUGCUGUUGAUAGCCAAUGCUGGGACCCCAGGGGCGGGACAUACCGACAAGCUGGGUCGCCUGAAGGAGCUGUGUGUUCAGUACGGCAUGUGGCUCCAUGUGGAGGGAGUGAACUUGGCAACCCUGGUUCUGGGCUACGUCACGUCCUCGGUCUUGGCGGCCACCAAGGCAGACAGCAUGACCCUGACCCCGGGACCGUGGUUGGGACUUCCUGCAGUUCCUGCUGUAACAUUAUACAGGCAUGAAGAUCCAGCCCUGUCUCUAGCAGCAGGCCUGACCUCCAGCCAACCAGUGGAGAAGCUCAGAGCACUGCCACUGUGGCUGUCCCUGCAGUACCUGGGGCAUGAUGGGAUAGUGGAGAGGAUCAAACAUGCGUCGCAGCUGAGUCAAAAGCUUCUUGACCACUUGAAGAAACUGACUUAUAUAAAGACCACGGUGGAGGAUGAGCUCAACUCACCUGUGGUGGUCUUUAGGUUCUCACAGGAAGCCAGCGCAGCAUCCAGUCGGUGCUCAGCGGAGGGAAGUUUUGGCUGGGAGAGAGAGCUCCAAGAUUCCCUGAACAGAUGGCUGGGUGAGCAGUUGGCACAGCAGGUCCCUGCCAGUGGGGUGGAUGUGGUGGAACUCGAAGAUGAGGGCAGCUGCGUCCGCUUUAACCCCCUCAUGACAGCAGCAGUGUUGGGCACCCAGGAGAGUGAUGUGCAGGCCCUGGUUGAGAAGCUGGCGGAGGUGGUGCCCCUUCUGAGCUCCACGCUGCGCCUCCGAGAGGAGUUCCGGGAGGAGGUGUAUCGCCAUACUUCCCUUGGCUACAUCGAGGACCUGAGCUGGCCAGGCCUGGGUGUGGUCAGGUACGAACCGAGAGCAGAGGAGCUUGAUGACAGCAGGAGGCAGCUGGAGGUGGAGAAGGUCAACAGCGAGUUGCUGAAGAAGCUCAAUGAGCUUGACUCGGACCUGAGCUUCUCCACUGGCCCGGAGUUUGGUCCAGAGAAGAACUGCGUGUUUGUUGGGAUGGCCACGGAAGACCUCGAUGUGGCUGAACUAGUGAACACCAUUGCUUCCCUGGGGAGGGACAUUGAGGAAAGCAGCAAGCUGUUAGAGAACAUGACAGAGGUGGUGCGGAGGGGGAUCCUGGAGGCAGAGUUAGAGCUUCAAAAGGCCAAUGAGGAGAAGCUGAUGGAGGAGGGUGUACUGCGUCAGAUCCCACUGGUUGGGUCAGUUCUCAACUGGUUCUCUCCUUCCCAGAGCUCUAUCAAGGGGAGAACCUUCAACCUUGCUGCAGGCUCCUUGGACUCAACAGAGUCCACAUACUCCACCAAGGCCCAAGCUGGUAGAGAGACUCCCCCCACUACCCCCACCUUUAGUGUUGCUCAACGAUUACCAGGGCAGCGGCUCUUCCGGCGCUCAGCCGGUGGCCAUGACACCCUCAGCGAAACCAGUUCUGUGGGCCUGGCUGAGGAGCUAUCCCUGAAGGACUGCUCCCGAAACAUGAGCACAGCAGAAAACUCCAUCGAGCUCUCCCAAAUGUCCCGGCAGGAGUCUCCGACGCCAGCUGAGUCCACCCAGGGGGAAGGGGACAAUGAUACAGAGGGGCAGUCCCAGGUGGACAAGGCCUCUGAGGCUGCUGACUCUCUCAGAUAGGGGACCCCAGGGGUGAGGCCGGAUGUGAGGUCCUCACCCAGAGAUGGGGUGGCCUGCUGAAAGACUCUGGGCCAAAUGAUGGACGGCCUGGAUCCCGGUUCUUCCAGCAGGUUACAUGAGGCAAGAGAGCGUACCAGCCAAUAUGCAAACGAACAGCACUGUAACUGGAAACUGAUAUGUAUACGUGCUUAUUUUCGUCCAAUUUAUUUUUCACCUUAAUCACAUUUAAAUUAAGACUUUGUGCACAGGAGUAAACUGUAGAAGGAACAACAAAGGAUCUCAAUUUACAGUGCAACUUGAACACAAAAAAAAUGAGGCAGAAACAUGCCCUUUAAACAGUCUCACAUGGACUUUGUAUUUUCUACACCAUAUAUCCAACAUUUCUGCAUACUUUUAACACUAUGUUUAAUUUAUGUGUUUUGGCAAUUCAAUCAAAGGGCUAAUCCUAGAGUCUUACAUAUUUAUGCUUAGACUUGUGAAAAGAGAUGUAUUAACUGUCUUGUUCUGCUAAUCAAGAAGAAAAACUGCGUUUCACUGGAAAUCAACACUGAAAACUGUGGUGAGCCGGUUGCCUUAGAUUCUGGUGUGUUGGCUGUAGACAUCUGUUGGGAAGUGCUUGAAGGAGACUUAUUUGAGAAUGUUAAAAUUAUUGCGCUUGUGUCCAUUUUUGUAAAUUUAACCGUACAUACAUUUGAUGUUCUAUUUGAAUGGCUCUUUUUCUUUCGAAAACAAGGGGACAAAAGCUGGGUGAUCUUUUUGUGAUCACCCAGUGAACGUGAGGGAAGGUAGAGAAGAGAACUAAGCUCACUUACCAAACCAAAGAGGGACAGAGUAGCUGAAAAAAGGCAGUGCCCUCACCCAGAGCGCCCUUGAACUGUGUCCCCUAUGCCUCAGACUGGCAGGGACUCGUACAGCACGUGGCAUUCCCUGAUCUGCAUCAUCUGACCAGUCACCUGCUUCAUAGUCUGGUGGUUGAGGAUUGGGGUGUUCAAAUGUGACGCUCUUUGAAAGAUGAUACAUGACCAUGACUCAUUAAUGGUUAAAUCACUGCAUCAAAUGGACAGAGACAAGCUACACAUGGUGCUAUGCUUGGUCACAGACUACUCACGUCAGUAGUGGGAUUGUGAAUGCUCCUUUUGCUAAACUACAGCCUCCGUCCUCGUCGGUUUUAUAGCUAAGAUGUGAAGUCUCAUCAUUAUCGGCCCACUUUGAAGGGAGAGUGCAUUGGCAUAAUCUUCUCUGUAAUGAUAAUAUCUGGACUAGGCGGUGUCCUGUGUUAAUCUAAAAGGCAAGGCAGUGUAUGAACAGGAGGCGUUAUUUUUCCGGAUGAAGUAAUAGAUGAAGUUCUGUACAGAAAAACCUAGAGUGAUCCUAAAUGCUCUUCUUUUAGGGCUGUAUUGCCUUUCCUCCCAGCAGCUUUAUGCCUCUUCAUGAAAUGAUAUCCUUGUCUUGCAGCUUUGGUACUUAGACCUGUUACUGUUUUAUUUCCAUUGUCAUACAUUUUCAAAGAGAACUGUUGCAGUCUUCAGCAUCGGUUGCCCUAUGUUUAAGCUCCUUUUUCAUAAAAUUUAUUUUUAUGUAUUUAAGUGCAAUUUUUCCAUUUAAAUACUUUUCAGAUCUUCAUUGUCUUCCUUGUUGAGAGCUCUUAAUUUUAAUUUUGGUGCAAUAACAAGUAGUAUAAAUUCUCAGUGGGGAAAAUUGUUUCUAAUAUAUUACAAAACUUCUAAUACUGUGGAAUUUAAAACAUGAUUUUAUGCUUUAUUUUACAAUCUGAAGGUAAUUGUGUAUUAAAUGCUUUAAAACUUCUGAAGGCAUUAAGGCAGUGGUCUGGUAGAGGCAGUUUUGAAUAUUUUAUUUGUUCUUUUUUUUGGUUUAAGAAGGCUCUGAGGACCAGUGUGGUCUUCGAAAACCAUGGAAUCUGUUGGAAUCCUGAUGACUUUAUUAAACAUGCAGUUUAUUGUA